AUGGAGGGAGGCGGAGGAGAAGCGGGAGCCAGGUGGGGGAGGGGCAAGACGGGCGCCCCCUCCCCGGGGCUGGAGGAGAUGUUCUUUCCGUUCAUGCUGAGGAGGCGCGACCCCUACACGACUGAGGCCGGAGCCCCGUCCGAGCUGCCCCAGGCCCUCUGGCAGAGGGAGCAGGACCUGCAAUUGGCGGCAGGGCUGGGCAAGGCCUUGCUGGAGCGGAACGAGGAGCUGGCGAAGCAGAAGGAGGCCGGGGAGUUCGAGUGCGCCCAGCAGCUGGAGCGCCUCGAGCAAGAAAAACACGACCAAAGGAGGAGGUUUGAGGCGAGGCAGAGCGAGUUGGAGGCCCGUCUGGCCGAGCUGGAGAGCGAGCUGCUCCAUCUGAGCGGCCAGCGAGAGAGGGAGAGGCGGGAUGCUGACCGCACCAAGGGGAGAGUCACUCAGGAACUGGCCCAGCACAACGAGCGGCUGCUGGAGGAACUCAGCAAGGCAGAGACAGAGCAGCAUCGUCUCCGUUCUGCGCUCCAAGCGGUCGAGGUUGACCUGAGGGCGAGCUCCCUCGAUCACACCGAGAGGUUCAACCAGCUGCGGGCAUUGAAGGCUGAGAAUCAGAUGCUGGUGGAGAAGGGUUGGAGAGCAGAAGAGCGAAUUAAAAGUCUGAGAGAAGAGAAGGAGAUCUUACAGAGUGGAAUCGAGACACUACAAGGAAGCAUGAAACUGCUCCAAGAACACAGCAAGGAGCAGGAGUCACUGCUCCUGCAGCUCCGCAGUGAGAUGGAGCAGGUGAGGACAGCGAACCAGGAACUUCGAGAACGUGUCCAUGAAAUGAAGGAAGAGAUGAGCCUUCAAGACUUGGGUGAACUGAACAACUCGCUCCACUCAGAGAUACAACAGAUCGAGAGCAGCCCAGGGCUAGAGGCACUGGCUGAGGUGGGCAAAAUUACACCCUCUGGGACCGGGUGUCACAGUGCGUUAGAUACACUGUCCCUUCCCCCUCUGGGACCGGGUGUCACAGUGCGUUAGAUACACUGUCCUUUCCCCCUCUGGGACCGGGUUUCACAGUGCGUUAGAUACACUGUCCUUUCGCCCUCUGGGACAG